AUGAGAACCAAGGCAGCCCACGACAAACUGAUUCGCCUUAAGGACUUCAAGGUUGGGGACAGUGUGCUCUUGUAUAACUCCAAGCUAAGGUUGUUUCCCGGGAAGCUGAGGUCAAAGUGGGCGGGACCAUUCAAGAUUCACGAAGUUCUACCCUAUGGAGCAGGUUUUAGGAAGAAGUGGCAACUCGAGGCACAACUCGAUCGAGUCAAGAGCAAGCUCGAUCGAGCUAAGUUUGGGGGUGCCAACUCGAGCUCGAUCGAGUUGGGUGUAAAAACCAGAAAAGUGGUCUUUUGGAGCAUUCUGGAGCAUAUGGGACAUGAGGAGCAUGGAGGGACUUGGCACAUGGAAGCAGCUCAACUGGACACGCAAAGGAAGAAGGGAGAAGCCAUCUUGAAGACCAGCUCGACCGUCUACUCGACCAACCGGUCGAGUUCCUCAACUCGACCGGCCAAGCUUCAACUCGAUCGAGCUGGAAGUCAAAGUCAAACCCGAAAAAUGUUGCUUCCCCCUUGA